AUGGAUAUCUUUUCAAAGAUCACGCAGGAUGACUGCAAGAAGAUGUCCGAGCCUUCGACUGGACAGUUUGCCAUAUCAUGUGCACUUCUAGCAUGGCUCCUGGUCUCUUAUAUCCCUCAAUUCGCGCGUAUCAUUGGCCGCAAGUCUGCAGAAGGUCUUUCUACUCUCUACAUUCUUCUCGGCUCUAUUUCUGGAACUUGUGCUGUGGCGAAUAUCAUGGUUUUGCCAACAAGUCAGACGGAUAUUGCUUGUUGCAGACAUUACACGCGCUUUGGAUGUAUCUCGCGUCUGCUCGGUAUCUUCCAGGUCGUCAGUGGAGUUUCUUUGUUCUGGUGCAUAAUGUUCCUCUAUGUCUACUUCUCAGAAGAGGAAGCAGAUGCUGAACUUCACGGUCGUCGUCGUUCUCUGUCAUCGCCUGAUCGCACUUUCCGCCGUGCUCGUCGCGCAAUCCGUCUUCUUAUCAUUGUGGUUGCGUUCGCUUUCGCCAUUAUGCUCAUCUCGGCUGUCAUCUUGAACCGCUUCCCUUGGUACUCGCAAGAAUGGGCCAACGUUCUGGGUAUUUGUGUCGCUUGCUUUGCUUGCGUGCAGUGGGUUCCUCAGGUCUGGACUACCAUUCAUCUUGGCCACUUGGGCAGUCUGAGUUUGGCCAGUAUCUGCAUGGGUGCACCUUACACCUGGAUCUUCGGCAUCAACAUGAUCCUCCGUCUCGGCCUCUCCGGCUGGUCAGUCUGGAUCGUCUACGUCCUUGUCGGCAUAAUGCAACUCACCCUCAUCGUCACCGCCAUCAUCUACAUGAUCCGCGACAACCGCAAAGCCCGUCGCGCUGACGCCACUUCUGCUACCGCCAGCAAUUCUUCCAGACGCGAUGUUUCAGAGUCGCCUUCGACCAGAGCACUCCGUCCUCAAUUGGACAGAUGGAACAGCUUUGCCGCUGCUAAUGCUGAGGAUGGUGGGAAUGAGAGGACGCCGCUGCUUGCUGGGAGAAACAAGCAUGUUGAGGAAACCGCUAGUCCGAGACGUGUCAUCUGAUUCUCGGGGACCUAAGAAGUCGCGAACGAUGAGGAGUUGGAAAGAAAUUGGUAUGGUCAAGGCGUUGCUUUACAUCGUCAAGAAGGAUUCUAGAUGAUUACACAUGGUCUUUGGUUUCUAGAGGCGCAACACAAGGUACUGACGACAAAGGACUGGACGGGAGACAUGGGCAUACGGAUACAGGAGU